AUGGAAGUUGAUGAUUCACUUCCUAAUGAUUAUGUGGGGAAGCAUAGUGAGGAAGAGCUGCUGUUGUUGAAUGAUACAGUUUCAGUACCAUCAAGUUCAAAACCAUCAACGCCGGUGAAGCAAACGAAUUCUGGAUUCUACAUCAACCAAGCAAAGUAUGCUAGAAAUCUAGUCAAGAGAUUUGGACUUGACAAGUCUGCAUAUGCUAGAACACCAAUGGCUACAAAUGCAAAAUUAACCAAUGACUCGUCGGGUGAGUCUGUUAAUGUUACAUUAUAUAGAAGCAUGAUUGGUUGUCUUUUGUAUUUAACUACAAGUCGGCCUGGUAUUGCAUUUAGUGUUGGUGUAUGUUCUAGGUUUCAAUCUAAUCCUAAGGUUUCACAUUUGAAUGCUGUUAAAAGAAUCAUAAAAUAUUUUCGUGGAACUUCUGAUUAUGGAUUGUUUUAUAGCAAAGAGUCAAAUUUGUCUCUUGCUGGAUUUUCUGAUUCUGAUUGGGCUGGCAAUGUCGAUGAUAGAAAAAGUACCACUGGUGGGUGUUUUUAUGUAGGAGCCAAUCUUGUUGCUUGGAUGAGUAAAAAGCAAAAUUUUGUGUCUUUGUCUACUGCAAAGGCAGAAUAUAUUGCUGCUGGAAGUUGUUGUUCACAGCUUCUUUGGAUGAAAAAGCUGUUGAGUGAUUAUAAGAUAUCAUAA